GUUUGCGCGGCUGGUGAACGCCGUGGUGCAGAGUGAAGUGUUGAGCAAAUUUCGAAGCUUUUUUGACGAGUGAGAGAGCGAAUCAAACAACCGGGAAAGAAGUGUCCUUUUUGUUCUAAAAAUAAUCGUGGGAAUUUACUUAGUUCCCUCUCUUAUGCUUCAUAACGACAGCCUGGAGUAAUCAUGAACUCGCGAGAGCUUUUUGCGGUGCAAUGUUUCUGUGGGAUGUAUCAAGUUGUUAUUCUCGCGCACUGAUCGGAUGCUGUGACGGGAGUAAAUCUCUGCUAUCCGUUUGGCUCUCCUGCUGUUGAUCAGGCGCGCGAACUUCUACACGCCGACUGCUAGAAUUUAUAUAUUGAUGUGAUCAACGGUGGAGGACCUCAAUCUAGUGUGAUCAGCAGAUUAGGACCGUUGGGUUCUUUUUUGAAAAGAGCAGGACUUUGGCGCUGGCGUCCUCCUGCGGUAGAACGUAAAGUAGCCACCUGAAAUAGUUGCAAAAAAGUUUCAUACGGUGCAAGAAAAAAAUGUGCUGAAAAUCAAUUCUAUCUUUGUGUUUGCCAGAACAUUGCUAAAAGUGUUGUGGUAGAAAAAAUCAUAAAUUUGUGAAACAGUGAUUGUUCUAUAGUAUCAAGUUUUCGUCGUUUAACUCUUGAAGCAUUUUGAAAAAAGAUUUAUCGAAAUGGCCCCUAAGCCACAGGAAAACAUCUCGGCAGUGCACGCUACAGAGGAUAGCGACCUGACAGGAUCACUAAACAACACCAGCAAUCUGGGAAACCUCAGUAAUAACCUGAAACUUAACGGGUUCAUUAACAAUGGCUUUGUGUCUGAAUGCCCCGUCAUUGCGGAUAAGCAGGCUCAAACAAAGGAACUCGGAUCAAAGUCCAAGAACAAAAAUGGCAAGAAUACUGGAACCAACGCCACCGGUUUGGAUAUUGUGCAGGAAAAAGCGAUCGUCGAUUUCGACGACUUACUGCCGCACAUAGGCGAGUUUGGACGCUAUCAAAAGAUCCUGUUUCUACUCAUGAUUCCGUUUGCGUUUUUCGUCGCGUUUGUAUAUUUCUCGCAAAUUUUCAUCACACUGGUGCCGGAGGAACACUGGUGCUACGUGCCGGAGUUGGAACACUUGUCUGUGGAAGAAAGACGUGCCUUAGCGAUUCCGCUUCACUAUGAACACGGAACUGAGUUUGACGAUGGUGCUGCUUCCUACAGCAAGUGUUCGAUGUAUGCGGUAAACUUCACAGAGGUGCUGGCCAACAACAUUCUAAAGGCCGAUCCAACCUGGCCGACGCAGCCCUGCCAACAUGGCUGGGAGUACAAUUUUACCGAUGUGCCAUACAAAACCGCUGCCACCGACUUUGAAUGGGUGUGCGAGCACUCGUACCUGUCCACGCUGUCUCAGUCGAUCUUCUUCGUAGGUGCCAUCGUGGGUGGGCUACUGUUCGGGUGGAUCGCCGACCGAUACGGUCGGAUCCCGGCGCUGGCCGGUUGCAAUGUGAUCGGAUUCGUAGCCGGCGUGGCGACGGCUUUCGUCGCCAACUUUUGGCAGUUUGCCUUCUGCCGGUUUCUGGUCGGAUUUGCCUUCGACAAUUGCUUUACCAUGAUGUACAUUUUGGUUCUGGAAUAUGUCGGCCCAAAAUGGCGAACAUUUGUCGCCAAUAUGUCUAUUGCGUUGUUCUUCACUGCAGCAUCCUGCGGUCUACCGUGGAUUGCUUACUAUCUUGCCGAUUGGAAACUGUUCGCCAUCGUUACAUCGGCGCCGCUCGUCCUAGCCAUUUUCACACCUCUCGUCGUACCCGAAUCGGCACGUUGGCUUGUGUCGCAGGGUAAAGUGGAUAAAGCUAUACACAUCCUGAAGAAGUUUGAGAAGAUCAAUAAAAAAACAAUCGAUGCGAAAGUGUAUCAAGAAUUUAGUGAUAGCUGCGUUCGUCUACAGGAAGAGGAAGCCGCCAACAGCAACUACUCAGUACUGGAUCUGUUCAAGACACCACGCCUGAGGAACAUAACUAUUCUGCUGAUCGUUAUCUGGAUGGCCAUCUCAUUGGUGUUCGACGGUCAUGUGCGUAACGUCGGAUCACUCGGGUUGGACCUGUUCUUUACAUUUACGGUUGCCGCCGCUACCGAGUUGCCAGCCGAUACUUUUCUUACCUUGACUUUGGACCGUUGGGGUCGCCGUUGGCUGGCCUGCGGUACGAUGGUUGCCAGUGGAGUGUUCAGUUUACUUGCCACAACUGUUCCAUUGGGUGCAUAUUCUGCAACGCUGGCAAUUCUUGGAAGGUUUAGUGUAAAUAUCUCCUAUAACAUUGGGCUGCAGUACGCAGCCGAACUAUUACCAACUGUUGUUCGGGCUCAAGGUGUGGCAUUUAUUCAUAUCAUGGGUUACGUAGCUAGUAUUGUAGCUCCUUUUGUGGUGUACCUGUCGCACAUCUCCGCUUCUAUGCCCUUAAUUGUAUUAGGCAUUCUGGGAGUGAUAGGAGGAGUGCUUUCUCUAUUUUUGCCCGAAACUCUCGGACACGAUUUGCCGCAGUCAUUGGCAGAUGGAGAAGAAUUCGGACGUGGGCAAAAAAUAUGGGACUUCCCAUGUUUGACAAAGAAAAUACAAGACGACCCCGAUGACCUUCCAGUGGAGCGUUUCACCCGUGCUACAUCUAAGAACUCAAUUGGUGCUUCGCUGCGUGCGUCCACUCGUGGAGAGCUCAGCUCCAGUAUGUUGAACCGCUCGUUCCGAUCGCGUGCUUCGAUUCGAUCGCAGCAGCAACCAAGGCUUGAUCAGUUGUCCGAACUUGUUUGACUUUUUCAAUAUCGGUCAGCGUGAUUCGGUCUGUACAGCACUAGCAUAGGCUUAGGAGAUAGAUACAAAGACUAUGCCGAAGAAGAAGUUGUCUUCGAUGAAACUGACAAAGAUGGUGGUGAAAUUCGCCCAUUCAAUCUUUCUUCUUUCGUAGAAGUGGUCAUGUGGAUUGUCUCUUCAGUCUUAUCGUAGGACGGAAUCUCAUACAUAAUGUUGUUUCAGCAGUUAUCCAUCCGAUUUCUCUUGAAAGUAGUGCAUCAACUUGUUGUCGGCAUAUAUCUAUUUCGACGCUUACGUAAGUCUUCAUCUAUAUCGACAUCUAUGUUCUUUUAUCGAAAGGAAAAACACAAAGGUUCAUCGAUUCAUCCAGUUGGUGGUCAUAACCUAUGGAUCGUAUUUUUUCUAUUAUCGUUGAAGAUAAACUGCGUGAACCCUUUUGAUCCAUGAUAACAAAACUUAGUCGAACUUCUCUUCACAAUCCUAUACGCUAUACGUUGACUGAGUAGCGUUGUUAUUUUAUCAAGCUUUUAAACUUUUCGAAUGAUUACCGAGAUAGUUUAUAAUAUGGUGUUGAAAUUUAGCACACAUUUUGAUUGAGCGUGUUGGUAGAAUGUAUAAAACUUGAAAUUGCCUUGAUGAAAAAAUGAUACACAACACGUUUCUUGAGAGAUGGUUAACAAAUUCAGUGUAGGCCACUCGUUGAGAAAUGAAGCUAAACUCUAGUCAACCGUAUCGGAUGGUUAUAACUAUAGGAAAACAUUUAUAUCCACAGUAUUGAACAUCCAUUCAAACGUCAGAAGAGGAAGAGAGCUUGAAAUGCAUAACAGAUCGGUUGACACACGAAUAUAGGUGCGAUGAUGCGCACACAUGAAACGAAAGCUGUGACAUGAAACACAUGAUGUCAGAGCGAGGAAUUCGGAGUUCCUAAUCGGAAAACACGUAAACCUUACUUUAAGACGCCGUAAUUGCCAAAAGUAUUAUAUUCCUCGAAACGUAAAUGUAAAAUUACGAAACAGCUACUAAAUCAAUGGAGUUCCUCAAGCUGUGCUGCAGAACAAUUAUCAGCCAGACGUGUGAUAGCAUCCAGCAUUAGUAGAGUUUACACUUAGAGAGUAGAACUAGUUAUCUUAUAUAAGUAUACUUGGUGGAACAUUAUGUGUAUACGUAAUUUGGAUGGUUUUAACAGAUGUAUGACAAGAUCGUAAGUUUUACAACUCGAAAAACUCCUUGCAAGCUAAAUUGACUUGAUCGUCGUGCUGGUAACAAUUGACAAAACGAUUGAAACAGUUCUGCACCGAUUGGCAGUUAAUGAAUAGUUUAAUUUAUUUGCUCCAUUAUUUAUAUUAUUAGAGGAUAGCAAGAGAGAAGCAUUGGAUUUUAAGAUAAUAUGACAAAUGACAAAAAUUGUACUUUCUAGUGCAUACGAAUAAAUCAACCAAUGUAAAGCAGAA